GUUGUGCGUAGAAUCUGAAAAAGAUAAAUUAUCCAAUCGGAAAACUCUAUUCCUUUUCUAUCGUCUAAAAACCCAUUCACUUCUCUCCAUGACCGACCUUGCCACCGAAUAUGGCGUUCGCUUCCUAUCAUUCUUCUUUUCCUAAUAAUCUUUUGCAGUUCUCGUUUCACUCUCCAUCUCCAGCUCCAGCUACUCACUGCCUAGUCAUUGCGUCCUCAUGGCUACCUUCUUCGUCCCGUCUCAUCUCUUUGGAAACAAGCAAGAUUCCUCUGUACCCAAUUGCGUUCAAGGUAUCGUCCCGAGUGAAAUGCUUGGCUGGAUCAUCGACAGAAGAGGAUCAAUGGAGUGAAACCGAAACCCUAACCAACGGCGGCGAUGCUGGCGGCGAUGCCGGAGGGAGAGAGGACGCGAAGGUGCGCCCUGUCCCAACGCAGAGUACUGCCUUGUCAUCUUCGAGCGAUUUUCUCUCCCUAGGAAUUCGGGAACCGGUUUAUGAGGUGGUUGAAGUCAAGUCCAAUGGGAUGGUAUCUAACAGGAAGAUUAACAGACGCCAAUUAUUGAAGUCAAGUGGUGAGUAAAAUGCUUUUUAGACUAGUGAAGAUAUUCUUCUUAUACUAGUAGUAACAUUGUCU